AUGUGUAGGUCUAAAUCAGCUCAUGCUAUUUGUGAAGAUAAUCAUAAUACAGAGACUGACACUGAAGACAAUGUGGUAUGUUUAGGAACAGUUAACAAAACUGAAAACAACGAAAAUGAAGCUUCUGCAAAGACUGAAAUAGGAAGCACAGGCAAAACUCUCAGGUGUAAACUGGAUACUGGAGCACAGGUAGACUGCAUUCCCACAGAAACAUGCAAAAGUCUACUGUCAUGCGAAGUACCUCUACAAACACUCGUUCUCCCCAAGUUGUCAGGAUAUGGUGGUAAUCAGCUCAAAGUCACAGGUAAAUGCACGGUACCAUGCAGGUACAAAAACAUCACUCAGAAAUUAGAGUUUGUAGUUGUGGAUAGCCCAGCGAAACCCUUCCUAGGUUUCAACGCCUGUAAGCUGUUACACCUGGUGAAAGUGGUUUUGACAAUUGAUCAAUCAAUCACAAAUCAGUUUUUGACUAAAGAAUCAGUGGUCAAGGAGAACAAGGAUAUCUUCACAGAGCUUGGUUGUCUUCCAGGAAAAGCCAAAAUUAGACUUAAAGACAACGCACUACCAGUUGUACACGCACCACGGCGUGUCCCCGUAGCAUUAAGGGAUCGUGUCAAAAAUGAACUAAAAGGUAUGGAGACAAUGGGCGUUAUCAGAGCCAUUGGCGAGCCCACAGAAAAGGUAAGCUCAAUAGGGGCCGUCGUGAAAAAAGACAACACACUGCCGAUAUGUAUCGACCCGAAGGAUUUAAAUGAAAACAUAAUGCGAGAGCACUAUCAACUUCCUACAUUGGAGGACAUAACAAAUAAGCUGGCAGGUGCGAAGUACGUCAGUCGGCUCGACGCAAAAUCCGGGUACUGGCAGAUCCAGCUAGAUGAUAAAAGUAGUAAACUCACAACAUUUAACUUUCCCUUGGCAGGACUUGCCACAGCAACAGCUCCAAUAAGAGGACUCUUAAAAGAAGAUAUUGAGUGGGCAUGGGACGCAAAUUGUGACAAAGCAUUUGAACAGGUGAAAUCCAUCAUCACGCGAACACCAGGACCGGUGUCAGCAUACUAUGACGUCACCAAGGACGUCACCCUCCAAGUAGACGCAUCAAAAUCAGGCCUUGGCGCAGUCAUUCUUCAAGAAGGCAAACCAGUUGCCUAUGCCUCAGGAGCACUUACGCCGACACAGCAAAACUAUGCACAGAUAGAAAAAGAAAUGUUGGCAAUUCAGUUUGGGUGUGAGAAGUUUCAUUCUUAUAUCUAUGGAAAACAAGUGACAGUACACAGUGAUCACAAGCCGCUUGAGAUAAUCAUGCGCAAACCACUGGCUUCAGCACCACCCAGACUACAGCGCAUGAUGCUGCGCUUACAGCUCUACGAUUUGAACGUAGUUUUUCGUCCCGGAAAGGAAAUUCCGAUUGCGGACACACUGUCGAGAAAUUACAAAUCUGGACAUGACGCACAUGAAGAUCCAACCCUGGAAAAGCACGUUCAUGCAGUAUUUGAACGGAUCCCAGUAACUGAUCAAAAACUGGAAAAAAUAAAAUCGGAAACACAGAAGGAUCAAACUCUCAUCAAACUUAAAUCUGUCAUUCAGAGAGGCUGUCCACAGUCUAAACAACAAGUGGACGCUGAUUUGAGAAAAUUCUGGCAUGUGCGAGACGAACUGACUGUUUUGAACGGCAUAGUGUUCAAAAGUGACAAAAUUGUGAUUCCAACAUCAUUGCAUGUCGACAUGCUGCAACGGAUACAUACAGGACAUUUCGGCAUGGAACUUUGCAAACGACGUGCUAGAGAAUUUCUCUACUGGCCGCACAUGUGUUCACAAAUUGAGGACUAUGUGAACAGAUGUAGCACAUGCCUUGAACACAGAUCCUCCCUACCGAAGGAACCGAUGAUGUCACCGCCGAUACCAAACAGGCCAUGGAAAUUGUUAGCCACAGACCUGUUUGAGUGGCACAACCGUAACUAUGUCAUUGUGGCUGAUUAUUAUAGUCACUAUUUUGAGAUCAGCCUGUUACUUAAUAUCACCGCCAACAGUGUCAUCAGUCACAUGAAAUUAAUCUUUGCCCGGCACGGCAUAUGUGAAGAACUGAUAUCUGACAAUGGAAGCCAAUACACAUCUGCACAAUUCAGAUGA